UAAAAGAAAAUCCUAGCGGGCCAGAGGGUCGCUGCGGUAGGAGGGAGAGCGUACACCCUUGUACGCGUAAGGCAGUCGGAGCUUACCGUCGGCCUGCUGAUCCUCCCCGCGUUCACAGAACCAUUAGAAAGCAUUUUAGCAUGUCUGGAGAUACAAAAGAGACACAAGAGGCCAUGAACGUUUACAGCGUGACGCUGGACGGGCCGGCUCCCUGGGGUUUCCGGCUGCAGGGGGGCAAGGAUUUCAGCAUGCCCCUUACUGUGUCCAAGCUGAUUCCUGGAGGAAAGUCUGACCUGGCUGGUGUGGGUGUGGGAGACUGGGUGGUGUCUAUUGGAGACAGCAAUGCCGAGGAGAUGACGCACGUGGAAGCGCAAAACAAGAUCAGAGCAGCUACCGACACACUCACUCUGACGCUCAGCAGGGCUUUCCAGCCUGGCGCAGGUGAACAGAAGCAGACGGAGGUCACUGACAAUAGAGGCGAAGGCUUCUAUGAAGAGCUGUAUCAUGAGAACAAGCACGGUCUGCGGGCGGAGAACAUGCCGUGCUUCAUCCCGAAUGACCGCAGUAAGAAACGUCUGAUUGAGGACACUCAGGACUGGCAGCCACGCACCGGCAUCACACAGUCGCGCUCCUUCCGCAUCCUCGCCCAGCUCACAGGAACCGACUACAUGCAGGACCCCGAUGAUGAGACCAUGAAAAGGUCCAGCCAUGGAGUUGCUCCCUGCCCCAGUAAAACCAAACCGGCAGCCAAACCUGAGGGAAGCAGAGCUCCCCCCCCCCCAGCUCUGGGGCCCGCCGGCCCGUCCUGCCGCCCCCCAUGGGUGACCGACCCGGGCUUCGCCGACCGCUACCGGCCGGACAAGACGAGCACGGUGGUGACUCAGCACAGCCAGCGGGCAGAGCCCACGCCCGAGCAGAGCCGCUGCUCCAUCGUGCAGGCGGCGCUGCAGGGCCCGGCCCACGGAGCCAGCUCGGCCCGCACGCCGCUCUGCGCUGCCUGCAGCAAGGUCAUCAGAGGGCGCUACGUAGUGGCGCUGGGCCCCUGGCACCCGGAGGAGUUUGUGUGCUGCCAGUGCAGAGCCAUGCUGGAAGAGGGCGGCUUCUUUGAGGAGCAGGGCUCAAUAUACUGCACCGUGUGCUACGACAAUCGCUGCGCCCCCAAAUGUGCCAAGUGCAAGAAGAAGAUAACCGGCGAGAUCAUGCACGCCCUGAAGAUGACCUACCACGUGCAGUGCUUCGUGUGCGCCGCCUGCAAGAAGCCCAUUAGGAACCAGGCCUUCUACAUGGAGGAGGGCGAGCCCUACUGCGAGAGAGACUAUGAAAAGAUGUUUGGCACUAAAUGUCGCUGCGACUUCAAGAUCGACGCCGGAGACCGUUUCCUGGAGGCGCUCGGCUACAGCUGGCACGACACAUGCUUCGUCUGCGCCCUCUGCAAUAUCAAUCUGGAGGGAAAGACGUUCUACUCAAAGAAGGACAAGCCGCUGUGUAAAGGUCACGCCUUCUCUGCGAUCUGAGGGGCCGAGCCGUGACGCUCGCAACCGUGAGCAAGGGACAGCGGCCUAGCUCCGCCCUGCCGCCGCCGCCGAGGGCGAUGCUUCGGCCUGGACCCCGAGGUGGCUCACCGCUGUGUAAAGGUCACAAUACGUCUACAUCACAGUGACCACAGCGCUCAGCAUAGCACUGGACCCAUGCUGUGUUGGAUGUUGAAUAUUGUACUGAUUUAUAGUCUGUAGUUUAAAAAAAAAAGUAAAAAAAGAUGUGAUGCUCAUCUGUGAUGUCGAAAUAGUUUCACUGUUGAGAGAAAAAACGGUUACACAGUUCAUGAGGGUAGUGGGGGAAAAAUCUAAUUUACAGUGUGUUCUGCCAGUUUAAAAUAAUAUAUAGUGUAAAAGUAACGUGCAAGGUUUUCUGCCGCCCGAGGUCAUUAUGCUGGUUAUGAACUGCUAACACCACGUGUGAUAGAACCUGCCCUGCAGUUGGAAACCAUGGCCGCACACUCCAUUCACCCUAUAAACUAUGUAACCUUUUAUAAUGCAACCCCUCACCUUUCCCCCGGUCCGAUGAAACCCAGCUGUGGGCUAAACGUCUGCGACUUUCAGCUGUGUUUAGUAGUGUGGACAGGGGUGAACCCCUGGAGGCAGGGCUGAUGUACACAGGCGCUACCGUGACACCCCCUGCACACACACACACCCCACCACAGACCUGGUUUCCUCCCACUACCUCAUUUGCUGCGCCAGGGUACUUAAGGUAAUGGCAGACCACAGAGGAAAGAACCGCUGGCAGCAGAACAGCACUGCAUUAGCACUGAUUGCGCCCCUUUCAUAUUGACCUGACCAAUGGUCUUUACGUGCCUCCAAUACCGAGCGUGCCCCAUCCAUUUGUCCUAAUCUGACAGGCGGCUCUAAUUAAGAACAGGCUUGGGCCUGCAGACGCCAGGCUGUUGUGUUUUUUUGCAUGCAAGGAACAGACUUUGCUAACCAAAGAGUGGGGAUUUUUUUAAUGGUAGUGAACCAGAUCAAGGGAUUGCAUGAGCCUAGUUUAAUGAAAUUUGGCUGCGAAUACUGAGAAUCUUGUCUCUGAAGUGCUUCUACAAUUGAAUUGGCAGGUUUUUUUGGGUGCUGUUUAAACCGUGAUGGCCCGAGACUCAACACAUCUGCUUGCUAUGUAGGUAAAUCUAGGGCUUCAUCCCAUGACCGUUUUAUAAAAAGCUGUGAUGUUAACUUGGCAUCAGAUUCGUAGCAACAAUUUAACCACGCUUAAGAGGAGAAAUGACUACAUAUCUGUGUAUCGGGCCUGAAGACUCGGUGUACCACCCAGGUAAACGGAGGCUUCAGUCCUGCUACUUAAAUACCCCUGCUUUGUGGAACCGUGCCAGUGCAGCUUGGCUUGUAGGUUUACCACAGUACAUCUGUCAUGGCAGAUUAUAAUGAACAGUACACCUUCAGAGAUCAGUCAGCACUUCAGAACCGCCAUGCUAACAAGUCUGCUGGGAU